AUGGUCGGCCUCGGAACUACCGAGCCCCAUACCCCACAGUCGACCAAGUACAUACUUCACGGGGAUUACGUCUCCCCGUAUACAAUCACCACCGCGCAUGCAUUGCUCGAGAAGGGUCUUAGCUGGGAAUACAGACAUAUCGACAUCCUCAAGUUCGAGACUCGGACUCCUGAACACCGCAAACUGCACCCUUUCGGCAAAGUGCCAAUCUUGGACGUACUAAACGGCCAAGACGAGAGAGUUCUGCGGAUCUGUGAAAGCCGGGCGAUUGCCCGUUACAUCGCCACCGUGUAUUCUGACCACGGAAACCCGUUAGUGCCAGAUGUCUCUGAUAUAGAGGCUAUGGCUUCAUUUGAAGAAGCUGCCUCGAUGGAAGUUUGCUAUUUCUCCACUACAGCAUGGAAAUACGGCGCAGAUAUCGUCAUUAAACCGCAAGUUAACCAUUUUCCCGUAUUGGUACUGGGUAUUCCCAGAGUAGGGGAAAAGGCGUUAGAGGAUAUUUGGAAUGAGCUCUAUGGCGCUCUCAAGGCCAUGGACGGGAUAUUGUCUGGCCGUAGUUAUCUCGGUGGCAAAGAGUUUACUUUGGUCGACAUCUGGACUAUGCCUUGGGUGUCACAGCUGAUUGAUUUGAAGGGGGCUGACAUACUCCUGGCUGAGUUGCCGCAUCUGCGAGAUUGGUGGGAGAGAGUGAGCUUGAGGCCGGCGUGGAAGCAAGCAUGUGCACUAAUGGAUGAAGCGAUGGAGGUGAUGCGACAGAAUGGAUCAAACGGAAAGGAGUUGUAA